AUGAAUAUCAAUUUAUACCUUUGGGGAUUAUUAUCCCUCUUGUUCUUGUUCCCGAAAUCCUCUUUUCAAGAAUCAUAUAAUCCUCCACCAGUUCCAAAUCCUAGGUUGCAAAGUGCCUUCAUAGCCCUCCAAGCAUGGAAACAUGCCAUCACAGAUGACCCUAAAGGCUUCACUUCAAACUGGAAUUGCCCUACGGUUUGUAACUACACAGGAGUCUACUGCGCGCCGGCCCAGGACGACCCUGAUGUAACCACCGUUGCCGGGAUUGACCUAAACCAUGCUGGCAUAUCUGGUUCAUUGCCUGAAGAGUUAGGCCUCCUUACUGACCUUGCUCUCUUCCAUAUAAACUCAAACAAGUUCUGUGGAACACUUCCGGCUAGUUUCCGUGAUCUUCGUCUUCUCUAUGAGCUUGAUGUAAGCAAUAAUCUUUUUUCUGGUGAAUUCCCUUCUGUUGUUCUUUGCCUUCCUUCACUCAAAUUCCUCGAUAUUCGAUUCAAUAAGUUCUAUGGGAAGGUCCCUUCAGCACUUUUUGACCAGAAACUCGAUGCCUUGUUCAUAAACAACAACAAUUUCAAAUUCACUUUCCCCAAAAAUCUUGGCAACUCUACCGUUUCAGUCAUUGUCCUGGCCAACAUCAAUCUGCAGGGGUGUUUGCCUCCAAGUAUAGGCAAAAUGGCAAAAACCCUGAAAGAAAUCAUUCUCAUCAACACUGGAUUAACUGCUUGUUUGCCAGAAGAAAUCGGAUUGUUGACAGAGGUGACAGUUUUGGAUGUUAGUUAUAACAGUCUUGUUGGGUCACUGCCAAAAUCUAUGGGGAACAUGAAGAGUAUUGAGCAGCUAAAUGUCGCGCACAACAAACUUUCGGGUGAAAUUCCAGACAGUAUUUGUUCCUUGCCGAGGUUGGAGAAUUUCACAUACUCCAAUAAUUACUUCUGCGUUGAAGCAAAUUCAUGCCUCAAGUUGAAAGAUAAAGAUGACAGGAAGAACUGUAUACCCUAUAGGCCCAAACAGCGAUCAGCUGAGGAAUGCAAAGCCUUUUAUUCACAUCCUGUGGACUGUAGUGCUUUUGGUUGUUUACCACCACCUCCACCACUGUCUCGGCCGCCGCCACCUCCUCCUCCUCCACCGUAUUAUUCUUAUCAUCAUUAUCCAUGA